AUGCCCUGUCUGAACAAAGCUUGGCAAACAGUUUUCUUACCGUUGACCCAGCAAACACACGGCGGGGACCGGGGGAACGACAGCCACCUCCCGAGAAGAACAAAACGACCCGGGGAUCUUGAGCCAAAGCGUCGAUCUUGUGUAUUAAUCCGUGAACCCAUGCCGUCUGAUGACAACUCCAGAGUGAUUUUGGUAACUGGUGGAUCUGGUCUUGUGGGCAAUGGCAUUAAGAUCGCUCUCGGUAAUGACAGAUAUAACUUGAGUCGCAGUGACGAGAAGUGGGUUUUCGCCUCCUCUAAAGAUGUUGACCUAACCGACGCCGUGGCGACUCAAAAGUAUUUUGAAAGUCUGAAUCCGUCUUUCGUUAUUCAUCUGGCAGCUAAAGUUGGUGGUCUUUUUGCAAACAUGUCCAAUAAUUUGGAGUUUUUCCGCCAGAAUAUGCAGAUCAACGAUAACGUUUUAGCCAGUAGCCUGGCUGUAGGCGUUCGAAAAGUUGUUUCCUGUCUUUCAACAUGUAUUUUCCCGGACAAAACGACCUAUCCAAUUGAUGAGACUAUGAUCCAUAACGGCCCUCCGCAUGAUUCUAAUUAUGGAUACUCGUAUGCCAAACGAAUGUUGGAUGUCCUGAACAGAGGUUAUACACAGCACUAUGGCGUCGUAUACACAUCUGUGGUUCCAACCAAUGUGUUCGGACCGUUUGACAACUUCAACCUGGAGAACAGUCAUGUUCUACCUGGUCUCAUUCACAAAGCCUACCUUGCAAAAGAACAGAACACUCCUCUUGUUGUUUCUGGAACGGGGACACCUCUUCGCCAGUUUAUAUACUCCGUUGACCUAGGGCGACUGAUUGUGUACGUCCUACGGGAAUACAACGAUCCUUCGCCUAUCAUCUUAUCUGUUCCGGAAGAAGAUGAAAUUUCCAUACGACAUGCAGCUGAAACAGUCGCACGAGCCAUGGGUAUGAUAACACCAAAGCUGAUGGUCAGUUUCGAAAAACGGCGAACGCUUCGAAACUACGUUCGUUGCUACCGGACUUCCAAUUCACACCUUUCGAAGAAGCUGUCCAAGAAACUUGUAGAUGGUUCCGAGAAAAUUAUGAGCUAGCCAGGCGAUAAUGUGCUACUGUUUUUGAGCUACUGGCGUUCAGUCAAUAAUCAUCAUUGGAAGCUUUGUCAUUCUUCUUGUAGAGGAGACUUUCUUCACCUUUAUCUGAUUAUCUCGGCUAUUUGUUCAGAUAACCAUAUUUUG